GUAAUUAUAAUAUGGAAAUAUCCAAGAUAAGCUGAAGCCGGAAGAGCAAGAAUGAAGUGGAAACUGUAGUGAGUUAACAUUGAGCAGAGCUUAUCAGAGAAGCAUGGAGCUCCUUGUGCACACUUCACAAUUGUCUUUCAUUUCUACUAGGAUAAACAAGCUUGAAACUAGUAAUCAUUCAUUUCAGAGAGGCCAUGAUUUUGCAAUUCCCAUGAGAUCAAGAAAAGGAGGGCUAAUGAGAAAUGUUAUUUCUUCUGGACUAGUAGAAACAGCAUCUUCUAUUGCAGUUGCUGCCACUGUUGUAGGUGCAGCAGCUACCCUUCUUGUCAAAAGAACCAAAGCUUCUGAGGCAACUCAGGUACCCUUAAAAACUUGCGAAGACUGUAGAGGUUCAGGUAUUUGUUCCGAGUGUAAAGGUGAAGGAUUUGUUCUUAAGAGACUUUCAGAUGGGAAUGCUGAGAAAGCUAGACUUAAUGCUAAGAAUGCGGCCACUAGAUAUACAGCAGGGCUUCCUAAGAAAUGGAGCUACUGUACAAAAUGCUCUUCUGCCCGGUCUUGUAGCUCAUGUGGUGGCAGUGGGAAACUAGAGUAUUAGCUUUGAGCAUUUGAUUCUGCACCAGAUUCCUUCCCUCUGUUUAUUUUUGGAUCAGUAGAAUUUUUGAUUCACCAUUUAUAUUUUAAACACACUAAGUUGAGCACACAAUCAGCAGCUGAAAGAUUGAAUGCAGGUAGUUGUUUUUAUUAUGAGGUAAGUUGCUUCCUUUCGAUUUCUUUUUAGAAUUAAUGUACAUAGAUUCUGGUUCUAAAUGUAUCUUCCUAACAUCUUCUAUAUGGCAAUACAUAUGUAAAAAUUUACGCCAA